UGUCUUUACAACACAAAGACCCUGAAAAGAACACCCUGUCCAAUUCUGUCCAAUCCUUCUGUGCUCGCGUGCCCUCGACGCGAUGCCGCUGACGCAGCCCCUAUGCAGGCUUCGCCCUCUCCACUUACGCUCCAGUCUCAGAUCUCUUACUGCCCAGCGGCGUAUACUUACUUCCACUCCUUUCUUAAAAGACGCUUCUUCCUUUAUUUUUCACUCCAGACCUCGUUCCAUCCCACGUUCGGCAACAUCUUUCGCUAUGACACAAACAAGGGAUCAUGGCCAUAGCCACGGCCACGGUCACCACCAUCACCACGACAAUACCUAUUUAACCUCCACAAACAAACGCGACGCUGGUGUUCGCAUUACAAGGAUUGGUCUCGUCUCAAACUUGUGUAUGGCAAUUGGUAAAUUCAUUGGCGGUUAUGUCUUUAACUCUCAAUCCCUCAUCGCCGACGCCUACCACGCGCUCACCGAUCUCGUCUCCGACUUUUUGACACUGGGAACUGUCGCCUGGUCCCUGAAACCCCCUAGCGAACGAUUCCCCAAUGGAUAUGGAAAAAUCGAGAGCAUCGGUGCGCUGGGAGUUAGUGGGCUCCUGCUCUGCGGAGGAGUGUUCAUGGGUCUCAACGCGGGACAGAUCCUGCUGGCUCAGUUUUACCCCGACGUGGCUGAAACAGUAGCUCACUCCGGGAUUUUGGGACAUGGUCAUUCGCACAGUCAUGGGCCCAUUGGUCCUAGCAUCCACGCGGCGUGGAUUGCGUUAGGCUCGAUUGUGGUCAAGGAGUGGCUUUACCGUGCCACCAUGAAGGUUGCCGAAGAGCGCAAGUCCUCCGUGCUUGCAUCCAACGCCAUUCACCACCGCAUCGACUCCCUGACGAGUAUCGUCGCGCUUUUCACAAUUGGAGGAAGCUAUGUCUUCCAAGACGCCACCUGGCUGGAUCCAGUUGGUGGAGUCCUGAUCUCCUUGAUGGUCAUCAAAGCCGGUUGGGGCAACACAUGUAUCUCUCUUUUGGAGUUGGCGGAUACUACGGUUGACGAGGAAGUCCGACACUCUGUGGAGGAUGCUGCCUCCAAGGCCUUGAAGGAUCUUGAGGAUGGACACGAAGUCAUUGUCCGUGACGUGCAGGGCAUGAAAUCCGGUCAAAACUACCUAAUGGACAUUGAGUUGGCUGUGCCGGGUGCCUGGGCUAUUAGUCGGUCGCGACACAUCGAAGAGGCCGUUCGCCAGGCUGUUGGAGCUGGAGUUCGUGGUGUGAAGCGCAUCAAGGUCCGCUUUAUUCCGGCGGAGCAUCAGGACCUCACGUUCUCGGAUGAAUUCGUUGCACGGGAUGUUAGUGGUGACCCAGAGACACCCCAAGAUACUCGGAAGAAGCAAUAGGGAUAGAAUUCUGCGAUGAUACCCUUGGAUGCGUGAUCUAUGUGCAUAGAUUGAAUAUAAAACAAGUCUACAAUAUAACCGGAUAUAACAUACAACAUAA